CAAGGGAUUCUCCAGCCCCGCGGGCCCUGGCAACAGUGUGCUGCCUGGCGCGUGUUGUGGUGCGGCGCGGCGGUGACAGCACGGGGCGGCGUGCAGGGACAGCCACACUGACGGACGCCAGGGCUCAUUGAGGGCGGCGGUAACAAGGACAGGAAGUGAAAAACAAGGCCAGACAAGACUCUCUCCCUCCCCAGCAACACAGCUGUCAGUGCGAUGGGUAGCCGGGACACGAGGCGGGUGUUGGGGCCUGACAAGAGCAUAUCACACAUCCUACUCCAGCCACAGGAGCCACAGCCCUUCCUGCGUGGGGACGGACGGCGAUGGGACGGCCGCUGGGCACAGGACCCCAGGAAGCUAUUUAUGAGUGUGGGCAUGAUAACGCAGGCCAAGGGUUCAUCCUACGUGGAGGUUGGCAACACUAAGGUCUGCUGUGGUGUGUACGGCCCCAAGGAUGUACAGAGAGGUCAGGACUUCAAGAUGUCAGGGCAGGUGUUGUGUGUGGUCAAGAUGGCCCCGUUCUCCACCCCCACCAGACUCCCGCCCCAGCCUGACACGCGGCAGCAGGAGAUGAGCCGGCAACUCAAGGACACGCUGGAGGCUGUGAUUGUGCUGGAGAAGUUUCCAAAGUCCCAGAUUGACAUUUACGUGACCGUGAUCGAGGACGACGGGGCGCUGCUGGGCGCCUGCGUCACCGCCGCCGGCCUGGCCCUGUGCCACGCCAACAUUGAUGUGUACGACGUGGUGGUGGGCGCCACAGUGCUGUGGUACAAUGAUCAGCUGUAUGUUGACCCAACACGAGGGGAGGAAAACUACAAGGAGAUUGGAGAAGGAGCAGGAGGAAAAGAAGGAAAGACAGGAGGCACAGAGGGCCGGGGGUGCAGCCAGCUGAUAGUGGGUAUGAUGCCUAAGCACGCUGGCGGCCAGGUGGGGCUGCUGGUGCAGGGUGGCGGCCAGGCCUCCACCGCCACCCUCACCGAUGGGCUGGAGACGGCCGUGGAGCUCUGCAACAGACUGCAUGCCCUGGCCAAGAAGACCUUGCUGGACCACCUGGAGGAAACCUUGGGCGAGGAGGAAACCAGCACCUCAUAACGACCUUCUGUCAUCCUCUUCCUCAGCAUUCUCAUCUUUACCUUCCUCCUUCUCCUGUCAUCCUCUUUAUUCACGCCACCUUCUCCCUCUCUUCAUCCUAACUCACCACCUUCUCCCUCUCUGCAUCGUUACCUUCCUCCUCCUCCUCUUCCUUCAUCUUUAUCUGCCUUCUUCUCUAGUCUUAUAUCCCUUCUUCUAUCCUCCUCCUCCUGUGUCCUUGUGUCCUUACCUUCCUUUUCCUCUUUGUCUUAUCCAUCUCUUCCUUUGUCUUUAUCCCCCUCCUUCUCUCUCCUUUCUACUGCUUUGGUCCUAUCCUCCUCCUCCUCUCCUUAUUUUCACCUUCCCCUUCCUCCUGUUAUUAUUUUCAUCUCUUCCCUGUUCCUGUUUUUAUUUUCUUCUGUUAUGUUCAUCUUUCUAUUGUAUUUGAAUCUAUCAUUUUAUUUUUUACUGUCCUCCUCCUCUCCUUGUAUCCCUCCAGUAUUUGUCUCUCCUCCUCUCUCAGUCUUCCUCCAGACUUUCUCCUCCUCCUCUUAUUUCCUUCCUUCUUUGUGUCCUUACCCUCCUCAUCCUUCAUCCUGUUCCUCCCUUUUAUUUCCUUCCCUUCCUGGUCCUCUUCUUCAUCUGCUUCAUCAUUGCAUCUCAGGACUGGUUGGCAUUCAUAAUAGUGGUUUCCAAGGAUGUUUGUGGAAGCCUUGGCUCUGGAAGGGUAAAGUCUGUUGGGUGGCCGGCGAGGGUUCUGUGAAUCCUCCGCGUCUCCCUUUUUGGAAGGAGUAAAAACUGCAUCUGUUAAUUGGACGGUACAUCUUUUAAUCUUUAAUGUACAGUGGGCACUGGAUAUAACAUGAGUUAGCAGUCAGGAAA